UUUGGCGGGAGUCUUGACCCCAGCCGGGGCUCUAGGUGACUAAGUUUGAGCUCUGAGUGUCUGGCCGCCGUGGUCAUGUUCGUGUCCGAUUUCCGCAAAGAGUUCUACGAGGUGGUCCAGAACCAGAGGGUCCUUCUCUUCGUGGCUUCGGACGUGGAUGCUCUGUGCGCUUGCAAGAUCCUUCAGGCCCUGUUCCAGUGUGACCACGUACAGUAUACACUGGUUCCUGUCUCUGGGUGGCAAGAACUUGAAACUGCAUUUCUAGAACAUAAAGAGCAGUUCCGUUAUUUUAUCCUCAUUAACUGUGGAGCUAAUGCAGACCUAUUGGAUAUCCUCCAACCUGAUGAAGAUGCUGUAUUUUUUGUGUGUGACACCCAUAGGCCAGUCAAUGUUGUGAAUGUGUACAAUGACACCCAGAUCAAACUACUCAUUAAACAAGAUGACGACCUUGAAGUUCCUGCCUACGAUGACAUCUUCAGGGACGAAGAGGAGGAUGAAGAGCAUUCGGAAAAUGAAAAAGAUGAUGGACCAGAGCCUUCUGAGAAGCGCACACGGUUAGAAGGGUUAGAAGAGGAGAUAGUAGCACGAACCAUGAAAAGGAGGGAGCGAAGAGAGUGGGAAGCCCGGAGAAGAGACAUCCUCUUUGACUAUGAGCAGUAUGAAUAUCAUGGGACAUCGUCAGCCAUGGUGAUGUUCGACCUGGCAUGGAUGAUGUCCAAAGAUCUGAAUGACAUGCUGUGGUGGGCCAUCGUUGGACUAACGGACCAGUGGGUACAGGACAAGAUCACCCAGAUGAAGUACGUGACAGAUAUUGGCAUCCUGCAGCGGCACGUGUCCCGGCACAACCACCGGGACGAGGACGAAGAGAACGCCCUCUCUGUGGACUGUAUGCGCAUCUCCUUUGAGUAUGACCUCCGCCUGGUGCUCUACCAGCACUGGUCCCUCCACGACAGCCUGUGCAACACGUGCUACACUGCAGCCAGGUUCAAGCUGUGGUCUGUGCACGGGCAGAAGCGGCUCCAGGAGUUUCUCGCGGACAUGGGUCUCCCCCUGAAACAGGUGAAGCAGAAGUUUCAGUCUAUGGACAGCUCCUUGAAGGAGAAUUUGCGGGAGAUGAUUGAAGAAUCUGCAAAUAAAUUUGGGAUGAAGGACAUGCGUGUGCAGACUUUCAGCAUUCAUUUUGGCUUCAAGCAUAAGUUCCUGGCCAGUGAUGUGGUCUUUGCUACCAUGUCACUGAUGGAGAGACCUGAGAAGGACAGCUCAGGGACAGAUAACUUCAUCCAGGCUCUGGACAGUCUCUCCAGGGGUAACCUGGACAAGCUGUACCAUGGCUUGGAGCUUGCCAAGAAGCAGCUGCUAGCUACACAGCAGACCAUCGCCAGCUGCCUCUGCACCAACCUCGUCAUCUCCCAGGGCCCUUUCCUCUACUGCUCCCUCAUGGAGGGCACUCCAGACGUUGCACUGUUCUCCAAGCCAGCGUCCCUGAGUCUGCUCAGCAGACACCUGCUCAAGUCCUUUGUGUAUUCGACGAAGAACCGGCGCUGCAAGCUGCUGCCCUUGGUGAUGGCUGCCCCACUGAAUGCGGAGCAGGGCACAGUGACGGUGGUGGGCAUCCCUCCGGAGACCGACAGCUCAGACAGAAAGAACUUUUUUGGGCGGGCAUUCGAGAAAGCAGCAGAGGGUACUAACUCCCGGACACUGCACAACUACUUUGACCUGUCAGUAAUUGAACUGAAAGCGGAGGAUCGGAGCAAGUUUUUAGAUGCGCUUGUUUCCCUUCUGUCCUGAGGGGUUGGAUUUCUUCAGAAAUGAUCUCCUUCUCCUUAUUUAUAUUAAUAGGCUUUUAUUUAGAUUGUAAGUUAUGGACAUAGUUUUAAACAUAGGAACAGUGGUUUUAAAUGGAAUAAAAUGC